AUGGAUUUAAUUCUUACGAAAUCUCAAUCCAAAAGGAAAAUUGCUAAAAAUGCACCAAUCUUGCUUAGACGAAAACGACUCGCAUCAAAUGGAGAAGUGCUGGAAACUCAUGACAAUCCGGGUUAUGUUGUUAUAGGAAAUGACAUUUUUCAGUGUGUUUUGAAGGGCGAGGUAAAAGCUGUUAAUAACUAUUUGUUGUCUGGAAAGAACCCAAACAUUCGAAACAAAGAUAAAAACUCACUUCUUCAUUUGGCAGUGGAAGCAGGGAAUGUCGAUAUCGUGGAAAUGUUUUUAUCCGAUGAUCGUUGCCAGAUUGAUACCAGCAAUGAUUUGGGACAGACUCCUCUAAUGUGCGCGAUAACAUUAAAUGAUUUGGAGUUGGUUAAAUGUUUAAUGAAAGCAGGAGCUGAUAUAGAAAUGCGAGAUAAUACAGGGAAAACUUCCCUACUGAUAGCUCUUCAAGACUCCAACUACGAGAUUGCUGACUACCUGAUCAGACACGGAAGUGACGUCAAUGUAACCGAUACACUUGGACGAACUGCACUUUUUAUUGCUAUCAAUACACUUGACAAGGGUUGUGUCAAGAUAGCAUCAAAGCUCUUAAAAGCUGAUUACUCUCUGGACAAAGAUAAGGAAUGGCUUAAGAGAGAGGGGCUAGAAAUUCAAGUAAAUAAGCCACAAAACGGCAUCAGGCGAGUUCUACGUAUUGUUUCAUGUGGUAUUAAAUCAACCGAGAACAAGGAGACUCUUUUGUCCUUUUUCAACAUCCGCCAAGCAUCUGAAGGGGAUUCUAAACUCCAUGUUUUGAUGAUUGACAGAUGAAUGUGUUGCUUUACUUUCGUUUCACUG